AUGAAUCCGCCGACUACUCAGGCCAAUGGUGAUAGACCUCAAAGACAAUUUUCGGGGGCGAAUCGUCAACCAGCCACACUCAGCCAUGAAAAGAGUCACCACACACCAAUGCGGCGUCUGAUUAUGACAAAUCACAACCGCCAUGCUGAGCAAAAGGGCCAACGACAGGGAAAUGAAGCGGCUCAAAGUGAUGGGGAGCUCUUGGGGCGUGCGAAGACCCACUCAAGUUUCGCGGAGCUCCGCCGUUCCCUGGUGGAUGCGUCAGCCGUUGCGGAAUUCAUCCAGAAGAACUACACCGGAAGGUUACGCGACCCCAAACAACUCAAUAACUUUUUUCAGGCCCUCAGUAACCGACCGGAGACUAUUUUUACGGAGCUUUGUGGAUUGUACAAGAAAGAGGUUUGCCUCAUGCUUGAGCGAAUGCUGGAGGUGUACUCCACAGCCACCUCCACUUCAGCGGUGCCAAUUUCUCCAGCGGCACAUGAGUUUAUUAUUCGCUGCGAGCAGAACGGUGUGCGAAGGAUGACGUGGGCGGAUGAGCUUACACAAACCAACGGCACGCAAAAGGUGGAAAAGGGAGAGGAAGGAGAAGAAGGUGUGGACGCCAAAGCAAGUGCAUCUGCAUCCGGUCCGGUACCGGUGCUGUUGUUUUCGCCGCGCGAACUCAUAAAGAAGGUUGCAAAUGUAGAACCACGGGGUAGGCUAGAGCGUAUGAUUGAAAUGUCCACCACGACAGCUGACCUUGAAAGCUGUGCACGGAAACUUCAAACUGUUGCAACACCAGCGCAGGAAGGUAAGAAGAAUUUGGAGUACGCGGCGGUAUGCCGGCUGCUCAGUAAGCUUGCCUCCAAGACGCGUCGCACAUGUGAAGCCAUAAUUCGCACCGCCACGGAGGCAGGAAAGCUGCCUGUAGAUGAUCUAUCUGCACUUGAUCAAGUGAUAGGUACGCUUCUCGCCGUGACCCAGCGUUCAUUUUCUGAACGCCCACCCGUAGUGCAGCAACACCCCAUAGCGAAACUCUCUAACCUAGUCAAGUGGUGCAACACACAUAAUUUGCUUCAGUACAACGCUGAUAAAUACUCAGCACUCGUGGAAGCUCUCGAAAAGCAGUCGUCACUGGAGUUACACGCACAGGCAGCACAGUUGGAAACAGUGUUGCUUCUCAAAGGGCUGCAACCCGGUGAUGAUGCGGCGGCUACGGAGACGCUUCAGAAACUGUGGAAUGAGUCUCUGGGACGGUACGAACCGUGCAGUGCCGACGUUUUGUCAUCCAUUGCUGUCGUGUGUCGGGCCGAUGGAAUUUCCGAUACUCUCCGUACGCAGGUUGCACAGCGCCUCGUCCUUACGCAACAAUGCGUGCAGAGGGAAAGGAAAAGCAACGAAACAAUUCUUCCCAGGCGCGCACUGAGCUUCGUGCUGGUGGAGCAAUCAAAAGAAAAGCGAGACGCCGUCAAGCGGAUGCUGGCCAAAGAAGAGAAUAAGAAAAGAGGAAGAGAUUGA